AUGCUUGGGAUGAGUAAAGAACCGGGUGGUUUGGUUGGUAGUGAAUUUACUCGGUAUUUGUUGGGUAGAACGUGUGCUUCGGUGGGGUUGGUUCUGGGGUGUGCUUCUGGACGAGCUUUGGCACAGAUGCAUUCGGCACGGAUCUUCUUGACCUUGGAUGAGAUUCGGGAACGAGGCGUGCGAGUGGAUAGUGGGUCAGAAGUAGCUGAGUGUUUGGUUCGGGGGUUAAAAUUAGUCUCUUCGGGUGUAAUGGUGGCAAGUGGAUCGUCGCUUUUGUUUCGGGGAUGUGAGUCGCUUUAUUUGCUGGGUGAACUUGGCCUGUCUGCCCAGGUCUUUUAUAGAAUUUACCGAGCUUAUCAGCGGCGGAUGAAUUUACAGGAAGGGAAGGCUGGAGGUAGUGUGGGUGGUGAGUUGGCUAAGAUGUAUACUCGGGCUGGUGCUAUUUUGGUUUGUGAUGCUGUUGAGGCGGCUUCGUUUAUUUUGGAAAUCUGGCCGUUGUAUUUGGUUGUUGGACUAGUGCGAGGUGGCUCUUGUCUCUGGUAUUACCAUGGAAACGUCUUGGAAUGGUGUAAAGAGGUCUAUCGUUGGUGUUUCAAAUGA